GUGUGUGUGUGUGUGUGUGUGUGUGUGUGUGUGCGCGUGUGUGUGUUAGUUCAGUCAUUAUCUAGACUCAUAGAAAAUGUCCAUAUUUGCUACAUUUUGAAAUAAAUGUGUAAACAGAAAUGUGUUUUUGUUAAGAACAAACAUGAAAUAUGAGCAGAGGUGCUGCAUUAGGACCCUGAGGAGCAGGAGGAGCAGGAGGAGCAGGAGGAGGAGGAUAAAAAAGACAGCCGAUGGGAGAAGAGAUAAAAGGGAGAGACAUAGAGACGCUGAGGACGCAUUAAGGAAAAGAGUGCAGACAGACGGAGUGACAACUUCAGAUCCAGAGACAGAUAGAGAGAAGACAGACAGGAGGAGGAGGGGCUGAAGGAGAGGAGGAGUCAGGGAGGAGGAUAUAAACAGACGGAGCAGAACAGAGAAACUGAGGAGCAGAGAGGAAGAACGACAUCGCUCGUCUGCAGCCACUGAAAGACAAGAGAGGAGGAGGUGGAAAAAGAGGAGGUGGAAAAAGAGGAGGAGGAGGCACCAAACCUCCCACAGAGAGUUUCUGACACACUGCCUCUCUGUGUGAAACACGCUUUGAACAGCAGAGAAACCACAGAAGAAGAAACUGACACUGAAAACUGACCAGAGUGCAUGAUGGGAACGUCCCCCGUCCGCAGAGACAGCUGAGCGUCUUCGUCCUCCGGUCCUACACACACCCAGCAUGUCCAGGCUGUCCCAGGGGAGGAGCUGCGCGGGGGGGGCAGGAGGGCUGCUGCUGGGCCUCCUGGUGGUGACGAUGAUGACGAUGAUGACGGCGGCGAGCGUUGAGGAGGUGGAGAGCGAGGAGAGCGAGGAGGUGCUGGAGGAGGAGGUGCAGGAGGAGGAGGAGGAGGAGGAGGAGGAGGCCGUCAGCACGGAGAUUUUGGAGCCGAUGUCCUCCGAUCUGUCCAGAGUGUCUCCUCUCAGCUCCUGGCUCAUCUUCAGAAGAAACUCCAACAAGGGGGACAACCGGAGAACCAAAGGGUCCAGGAGAACGUCCAAGCAUGGUCUUCCAGGCCCUCCAGGCCCUCCAGGACCCCAGGGGCCUCCGGGGCCCCCCGCCCCCCUCCUACCCCAACAACAGGAGCUAAUCCAGGAGCUGCAGCUCAAACUGAGAGACAUGGCAGGAGGAGUGUGUUUUCUGUGUGAUCGUCCUCCUCGCAUCUCCACCUCCUUCCUCAGUCGCCUCCUGCAGGCUGUCAUCGUCCCACGUCGCAGUCUGCUGGAGCUGCAGCCAUUCAGCCAGCCGUCAGACUCGGAGCGGAGCCUCCAGAGAGGUCAGAGCUUCAACAGCAGCACGGGCCGAUACACCGCCGCCGUGUCCGGCUUCUACCAGCUGACCGCCAGCCUGCUGAUCGAGUCAGGUGACAGAGUCCAGGUGAGACUCAGAGACAGCGUGAGAGCAGCGAUCUGCAUCGAGUCGCUCUGCCAGAGCAACCUCUCUGUGGAGUCUGUGAUGGGCGUGGCAGCUGCUGGAGGAACAUUCAGUAUCUUACUGACGGGAACACUCUAUCUACAGGCUGGAGAGUACGUGUCGGUGUUUGUGGACAACGCCACCGGCUCGGCCAUCAGCGUGCUGCAGGACUCUCUGUUCUCGGGGAUCCUGCUGGGAGUCUGACCAAUUUCCGAACGAGCGGUGAUGACAUCAGCGGCGUCGCUCCACAGGGACAUCUCCGAGAGGAAGUGACAUCAGACUCCACAGCAGAGGUGUGACAUCGUCCUCACAUUGCAGCAUCUGCCCGUCAUCAUGACUUCCACAGUUUGGACGAAACAGUGGUGUCGCCGGUCGCCUGAGAGCUGGACUGUCCCCGUUCGCCACCUGGUGGACAUCGGAGGAACUACAGCCUCUGAGGGACAACCUCCAGUCCACUGACCUCUAGACGAUAGCUUCAUAUUUUACAUCUUAUUACGUCUUUAUAUUCAAGCUGUUUUAACGCUCGAGAGUCACCACUGCUCUGAUUUUCUAUGAGACAUUUUCUUUAUCCAUCAAGUCAUCGGAGACGGACGAGUUUGAUCAGCAGAGACAGAAAAAACGACUGAAGACAGACAGACCAACAGCAGUAGAGUCUGUCUCUUCAGACACAUUUAAUGAUUGUAUGGCGUCUGUCUCCACUUUACUUUAAUAUUAAUAUUUAUUCUCCGGAUGUGAUAAACAAGUUGUGAAUACUUCUGAUAAUAAAACUGUUGUACUCGC